CCGUUCGCCGCCGUGCGCCGCGAGAGCUGCGAGUGCGCCGCGGGCCUGGCGCGCGCUACGCCAGACCACUUCCACAUGCAGUCGGAGUCCUUGAUCGGCCCCCUGAUGCAGAGCAUCUCCCACCAGCACUGGAAGGUGCGGGUGGCUGUCAUUGAGGCCACGGGCACCGUGAUCCAGCUCGGCAGCGGCAAGUCGGUAGACGAUGUGCUUCCUCACUUUGCUCAGAGGCUCUUCGAUGAUGUCCCCCAGGUGCGGCAGGCAGUGACUUGCGUGGUGGGGGGCUGGCUGCUGGCCCUGCGGGACCGCUACUCCUUCUUUCACAAGCUCAUCCCACUGUUGCUGAGCAGCCUCGAGGACGACAUACCUGAAAUUGCGCUCACGGCCGCCAGCCUCUGGGAGAAGGUCGGCCUGCAGUGGCAGAGGGAGAACGAGGACGACCUCAAGGACAAGCUCGACUUCUCCACUCCCCCUCCAGCCCAUCACCCCUCACCAGCUGUUGACAAUGCAGAAGCUGCCCGUGUCCCUGGGCCUCGCGAGCACCCCGUGUACCACGAAGACCUGCCGUCACUGGAGCUGAGCCACGUGCGCUGCGGGGAGAGUGAUGGGACCAGCCAGGCCCAGAGGCGUGUGCCCUUGUUUCUGGAUGCAGCAGCCCGCCUUUACGGGGAGCACCUACUGCUCUGUGUGCGGACAUUGGUUUCUGUGUGCCGGGAAGACUGCAGAGGGUGCAGCUUACAGCUCAUGGAGGUGCUGGUGACCGUCAUGGCCCUCUCGGGUGCCACGGGCCUCAGCGACAAGGUUCAGGAGACCAUGGACGCACUGGCCGCGGUGCAGGAUGUGGACGGCAGCCAGGAUCUCUACCGAGAGCACAUGGGCCCCCUCAUGGAGUGGGUGGCGGCUUCGCACCACGACUGGACCGUCCACUCCGUGGAGCUCCUGCAGUUCAAUGUCGUGGUCACCCACGCAGGCCCGGCGCUGGGAGAAGUGCUGCCCCACCUUGUGCCCAUCCUCAGGAGCUGCCUCCAGCCGGCCAGAGACCCACAGAUGCGCCUAAGGCUCUUCUCCUCCCUGUCGCGGGUGCUGCUGAGCGCAAAGCAGACCGUCGACUCCCAGGGGCAGUUUCACCACUAUCUCAACACUGUGGCGAGAGACAUCUUGGUCCCCAACCUGCAGUGGCACGCGGGGAAGACCGCUGCAGCCAUCCGCACGGCAGCUGUGUCCUGCCUCUGGGCGCUCCUCAGCAGCGACGUCCUGUCGGAGAAGCAGAUCCGGGAAGUGCAGGAGACGCUGAUGCCGGACAUUCUAACCACCCUGGAGGAAGACUCUCAGAUGACUCGAUUAAUUUCGUGCCAAAUCAUUAGCAGAUUUCUGAAAACCUCCAGUGGUGUGGCUGAUCCAGAUAAGUUCAUCAAGAUUUACCCUGAGCUCCUGAAGCGUCUGGAUGACGUUUCCCACGAAGUGAGGCUAGCAGCCAGCUCCGCCUUGGUCGCGUGGCUGGCGUGUAUCCAGAACGACGACGGGAAGUCCUACUACCAAAGCAACAUUCAGUUCCUGUACAGAGAGCUCCUCGUGUACCUCGAUGACCCGGAGGGCGCGGUCCAGGACGCGGUGUUGGAGGUCCUCAAAGCAGGCAGCGUUCUGUUCCCUGAGCUCCUGGUGAGAGAGACCGAGGCAGUCGUCCACAAACACCGCUCUCCUGCCCACUGCCAACAGCUUCUGCAGCACCUGCAGGCCCUGCCGCCAGCCCAGUGAGCGCAGACGGCGGAGCCUGGAGCGAGACCCAGCUCCCGUCCUUCCCCGGUCUGGAGUGUGUGGCCUUCAGACCUCACAGCACGGCACCUUUUAGUCAACAGCCUGAGACCUUCACGAGCAAGACUUUGAUAGCAAGAAUGUAUUCCCUAAGAAAUGUGCCCGGGAUUCGCAGACGGAUCUCGAGCCCAGGAGUUUCUGAAAUAACGUUCACUGUGUGGCUCCUAUACCUUUAGCUUUUAUUUAUACCAUGACAGAUCUCCCAAACGUCUAUAGGUAAUUGAAAUUAAAAGUAAAUGGGAUCUGCUGACACUGGCAGCCAAAUCAGCCUGUUUGUUUGUUUCAAAGCUACACGCACCUGCUGCGCCCUUGAGUUAGGAUUUAUGUUUGCAAAUGCCCACCCCACCAAGAUUAUUUUGUUAAGCAAAAGCUGUUAAAAAGAAGUUCAUUCUUUCCUCGGGUUGUGUCUACUGAAACUUAGUAUCACAGUGAACAGAAUAAAAGGAACUUGAAAUUUUUAUCAAUUAAAUUUUUGCUGUUUAAAAUACCCCUGGAACUCAAAAUGAUAUAUGGAUACAUUCGGUUACAAUGUUUUUUUCUUAUCUCAGUAAUGCGAACAAUGUUGAAAAUAGAAUAUUUAAUCAGAUAUAAUUUUGGUUGCUCUCUUAUAAGUAGGAGUAAAGUAAAAUUGGAUUUUAUUCUCUAGCACUUUCUACACCCAAGUGCCUAAAAAACUUCAUUUUAAAUGGGUAUUAUUUCCAUAAGCCAAAUAUUUAUGUUAACACGGGGCGGGGAAUAUUGUAUUUUCUAACAACCAAAUAUUAACAUUUGUGCUUAAGUGUUUGAAAAUGUAAUUAAAAAUAUUUAUUAUAA